AGCUCAGUUGUUUACAGUAAACUCUUGCUGACAGUAUGGCCCGAAGAGAAGUGUACUCUAAUGACGCAGCUGAGCUUCAGCUUGCUCAAGAGAGUUAUGGACCCGGAAGAGAGGUGGCCCAUGGACCAUGGAUAACAGUGCCCGAAACUCCUUAUGGAUAUUCUGGAAAUACUGGAGCUGAUCCCUACGGGUUUGGUGUAAGUGCUGGAUUAGGGUUCGAUACUCAGGCUUUGCUGACCUGGGGGAUAGGAACAAUAGUUCUUCUUCUCUUCAUCUCUACAGCAGUAUCACUAUUUAAGCGUUUACUUCCAGAGUUUAAAAGUUUGGCAGAGGUCGGCGAAGGGAGGUCCCUGGAGACAAUGGGAACCCUCGCACAGUUUGCCCUCGAGGCCAUGCAGAAGUACGAACACCUCAACAGGGAUUAGACGAGGUCGUGAAAAUGCGCGAAAACGAUUGAAACAAAUCUUUCAAAAUUUGCAAAUUUUAAAUCAAAACUUGCACUAAAAACCAUAUCAUGGGCAUUACCUAUUAUCAGUGUUUACAGUACAAAUUUUAUGACAAAAGACCACGCAUUUAUUAAAAUUAAAAUUGUAUAUAAAGACGACUUUUUAACCUGAAACUACUUACCUACUCUCACUCCUGGUGAAAAGACGACAUUUGACGUGUGAUACCUUGAACUUGUGGACUAAACGCAGUACUUGUAAAUUUUACACUCAGACUGACAAAAAAUAUUAUAUAAAAAUAUUAUUACCUAUCUGUUGUCAAAUACCAUAUUUUUGUUGAUUUAAAGAAAUAAAUAGUAAUGAAUUUUA